GUGCAGAAAUAGCUGAAAUUUAAAAGCAGCAGCUAUGGCUCUCCGCGUGUUUGGCAGCUUUGCCCUUGGCAAGCUGGGCCUACAGGCUCAGAUCAUGCAAGCCUCUGGUGCUAUUGCUGUGCACGCCUUUUCCACCGUUGCCCAAGGUUAUAAGUAUGCCAAGUCACAUGAGUGGGCUAAGGCUGAUGGGGACAUCGCCACAGUCGGCAUUUCGGACCACGCACAGGGACAACUUGGCGAUGUGGUGUACGUGGAGCUGCCUGAUGUGGGAAAGGAAGUAAAGCGGGGCGAGACCUUUGGCGUCGUUGAGUCCGUCAAGGCUGCCAGCGAUGUGUACUCGCCGGUCUCUGGCGAAGUGGUUGAGGUCAACCAGGCGCUGGUUGACAAGCCUGGGACGGUGAACACGUCGCCUUACGAGGAGGGCUGGAUCAUUAAAGUUAAGAUGUCGAAGAAGGGUGAGCUUGUAGGCCUCCUGAACGCGGAUGAGUACGCGGCAGAGUGCGAGAAGCACUAAAGAGUCACAUCGCAAUAGCUCGCAGUUGUUUGCGGAUUGUUGUCCCGAUGGCGACACGUGCUUAGCGCGGUUCUUAGGGACGUGUCUUGCAAGUGCCUCGAGGGUUCACAGGGUGCUGCUACCCAGGCUUUGACAAUUUUGACAAUUUUCCCCGCCACGCUUUGGACAGCUGGUUUGGGUGUAUCGCAUUAGGUGGAAGCUAUGCCUGGUUGUAGCUUUGAAUGCUGCUGCCUUGUCCAGCUGACCCCUCAGAAAACGGACGUUGAACAGUUUGUAGGCCAUUUAUAUACAUGUUUGGCGCCGUCAUGCUUGUAAGCUGUUAAAUGAGUUAGGGCUUGCGGCUUUGGGUGGUUGUGGAGAGCUGCACGUGUGGAUACGGCUCAGCCGGGGGGUGUUGCAUGCGUUAACACCAUUUUCACUGUAACUUCCAACGAAAAUA